AUGAAGAAAUUCUCGUCAGCCAUCCUUUCCUUGUUGUUUGUGUCUUCGACACUGGCAUUUGUGCCUCUGCAGCAACAACAACAACAGCACGUUACUCAUUUGGCGGCAUCCGUCGAUGACAAGACCGAAGUACGAGAAUAUUUCAACUCGGAAGGAUUCAAUCGAUGGAACAAAAUUUAUUCCGAAAGUGACGAUGUCAACUCGGUACAGAUGGAUAUCCGAACUGGACACGAUCAAACCAUUCAGAAAAUCCUCAACUGGAUUGCCGCUGAUGGUGAUAUUGCCGGAAAGACCGUCUGCGAUUGUGGAUGUGGUGUGGGAUCGCUCGCCAUUCCAUUGGCGCAAAUGGGUGCCGAACUGUCUGCCAGUGACAUUUCCGAUGCCAUGGCCGACGAAGCGGGACGACGUGCCAAAGAAUUGGGAAUCGAAAAUGCCAAAUUCUACAGUUCCGACUUGGAAUCGGUCACGGGAUCAUACUCCACUGUCACCUGCGUCGAUGUCGCCAUUCACUACCCCACCGAGAAAAUGACCGAAAUGAUCACCCAUCUUUGCAGUCUCGCACAAGAUCGCGUCAUUAUCAGUUUUGCACCCAAAACAUGGUACUACGUCGCACUCAAAAAGGUCGGAGAACUAUUCCCUGGACCCUCCAAAACCACACGAGCAUACCUGCACGAAGAAGAGGUCGUCAUAAAGGCGCUCAAGGCGGCUGGAUUCGAAAUUGCCAGGGAUGAAAUGACCGCUACCAACUUUUACUUUUCGCGACUCUUUGAAGCCAAGCGAGUAGCAUAA